AUGCUUAUUGUUUACACAUUUUUCUUAUAUUUCAUUAUAUAUUUUUUCAUUAACAAUAUUUUUUGUUUUGAGUUAGACAUCGGGAAAAUUGUAAAUUAUUCUAUUGGAUCUGUUUCAGUCAAUAUACAAAAGACAAAGAAAUUUGAUAAUUUGUACACACAUAUUUUCGAUAAACCCAUUCUUUUAAAGAACAUUAGAAAUGGAUAUAGAAAAUUGUAUUUUGAUAAGUUGUUGAUUAGUGAUCAACUAUUAUUAUCUUCAUCGAUAUUAUGGGUUAGAAAAAAACCUCUUGUUAUUCAGUUAAAUUUCGAAAAUUCUUCAGUUUUACUUUUAAAUGAAAACAAUUCAUUAUUAUCGGCAGAGGCUGUAUUUUCUGAGAAAAUUAUCAGUAAUAUAACUUAUAGAAUUCAUUCUGAAACCGAAGAGUUUGUUGACGUUGAUCUUUCAAAAUUUGAAGAUUAUGAUUUUAACACAUCUAAAGUUAAUGUUACUAAACUUGAAUUUCAUAAUGAUAAAUUUAAACGGUACGCUCUUAGGAACUAUAAUUUGCAAUCAACGAAACUGGGCAAGCUACUAUAUAAUACUGUCGAAUUGAAAACAUUAGUCAAAAAUGGCCCUGAAAAAAUUAUUGAGGAAAAUUUUAUUAUUCCUUUUAAAAAUGACUUGUAUUCAAUACGAGUGUAUUCAUAUGAUGAUUUUCCUUUAAUAAUAGAGGCUCUAUACACAUUUAAUAAGAGACUCUUUUUCGGUUAUACUCCCGAAAAAAGGUGGCAUCAUCUUAAAUUUCCGCCCUUUCAUCAUCCUUCUUAUAUGGAUUUUUUGUACGAAAUUAUUAGUUAUUACGCCUGUAAAAAUCGAUUCAAAUAUACUAUAGAUGUAUCUCAUAUUUCCGAGACAAAUGAUGAUACAUAUAAAAUAAAUAAUUAUUGUAUCGGAUCAGAUGGAGUAGAAACAAUUUCGAAUUUUCUAAAGGUUCAAUUUUACACUGAUACUCAGUACAAUGACGGUGUUUAUAGGUGCUAUGAACAUAUUCCAUCUAAUGAUAGCACAUUUUUUGUAGAUCACUUAAUGGAUGUAGAGUCAUUUUUCCGCCUUCCUGACACACCGGACUUUACUAAAUUAAUCAGAGUUUAUUAUCGCAUAGAUUGGAGGCCAUAUUUGAUCGUUUUUGUUGACAAGUCGAAUAAGUUACACUGCUACAAAUACAAAGAUAAAAUUUGGGAAAUUGACGAGACAGUACCGAAAGGUGAUCAUGAAAGAUUUAAUGGAGUAAUAAGAAAUCUUCUUGAUGAACUUGUUAUCUAUGAUAGUCGACUCUUAUUUGGAUCAAUAAUAGUUCUGACAGAUUUAAAAACAGAGUAUAACAAGAAGCAUUUGGCUGUUGCAUUGGGAAGUUCUUUAUCAUCAAAGUUUCUCGAACAUAACUUUAUUAGUGUAAGUGAUCAGACAAGCACUAAUGGAUCAUGUUUAAGCCCUAGUCAUUUUAAAAUCUUUAAACACGAUCUAAGUAGAACCACCGGAAAUGUAUUACACAAUGGAAAAUCUUCGACUCUGAGUUUAGGGUUAUUCGUGGAUAAAAAUAACAUUAAUCUGUAUGAUAAUCUAAAUUCAAGGGAGAAACCUAUAAGCAUAACUUACAAAACUUCCAGUAAUGACCUGUAUGUUUACUUUUAUGGCGAUUCGGAUCCUAGACCUUUGCUCAUAUGUUACAAUAAUAAAGCAUAUAGACCUAUUUCCAGUGAUGCUUAUUUUACUGAAUGGGUUACAGUAGAUUCAAUUAAACGCUGUGACUGUACUGAUGAUAAUGGGAACAAUAACCUCCUAGAAACCCUUCUAAAUGUUAGCAAUAUAAUCAACCCUGUGAACAUAAAAAACACAACGGGCGACGGUUAUGUUAUACAAAAUUUUAACAAACAGCCCAUUAGAAUCACUUUAGAAUCGGCAAAUUUAUCAUGUUUUAAUAAACAUGUACAUAAGACUCAACAAAAUUUUAGAUUGGGAACUAUUCUUCAUGGUUUAAAGUGUAUUAAAGAGAUCAGUGGAGGCAAUGACUCAACCUGUAUAACGGCUACAUCUAAAAAUAGUCCAUAUAACACCGCAAGUGAAGUAGUGGUUUACUACCAUAAAAAUGAUACUGACCAUAACACUCCUUUACUCGUAGCGCUUAAAAAUGGAAAUACAUAUGAGCCAAAUUACCUGUUUUCUAGUAGCACAAGCUCAGAUAAGUAUUAUCAGAAAAUGGAUGGAGAUAUUGACCUGUCUGAGGCAUCAAUAUCCCCGAAAAUUGAUGAAAUAUUAUUUAGACAAGGAAAAUUGCUCCAGGUUAUUCUCGGCAACAGACAGGGAACUAGUAUUUCUGAUACUUAUCAGGCCAAGCUUUAUGAAAACACAGGAAGUCUAACUGAGAGUGGUUUGACUAUGCGAAUAACAUUAUCUAUGCCGACUGAAGUGGCUGGUGAUUCUAAAUACGAUGGAUUUAAAUACUAUCAGCAUCAACUGUCCUCCAUUCCUGGUAUAAAAAAUAUCGGUGGCUUAAAGCUUUACUUAUGGGACGACGGUCAAAAAAAUGUCAAGGAAAUUAAGUUAUACUCAGAUGAAAGUGGUCAAACUCCCAUGGAAAAGUUGUUCUACAAUACUUGUAAGGGUAAUAUUUAUGUAUACUUUUACGGGGAUAGGGAUAUUAGGCCACUGCUAAUAUGCUACAACUACAAAGCUUACAGGCCUAUGAGUAAGGCAAGCUAUGAUACCAAGUGGGUACAGGUGAAUAGCAUAGACAGAUGUUCAUCCGAGACCUCUGACAAUACAAAGAUGUUGAGGGAACUUGAUAAUGUUGUAAAGUUUUUGAAUGUGAUAAAAACUCACACGCAGGCUAACCGAGGAAAGGAUCACUCUAAAUGUAAAUUAUUCAACAUCCACAGGCAUAAACCGAUCUAUUCAAAGGCGGGUGACAUUGAGAUUUGCAAGGAUGAAAGUUGUGGUAACAAGGUUGUUCUAACUGACGGCGACUAUAAGAAUCACACAGUUCUAUAUGAAGAGUUGUAUUACAACAGGUAUGAUUGGUAUUUUAACAACCCAAUCAUGUUGGUGUUGCAUUAUGAAGGACAGGAUAAACAGGAACAGAAGAGAUACUACAAAUUUGUAGACUUUGAACAAGAUAAAGCUAAGCCCAGAGAUAUUUUCGAGCUACCCAUGUACCCGAGCGAGUCUGAAUUCUUAUCAAUGCUGAUCAAUGAUAACGAUAUUAUUCUUAGCAGUGUGACAUACCAAAUAGACAAAAAAGAUAAUAGUUACAACAGUGAAAGGGUAACAGUGACAGUGAAUCCUGAUUUUCCAUGUGCUGGAUUUAUUCGAUACGUUCACAGGCCAAAGGAAGGCUACACUGGAGGAAAGUCGUAUAUAUUGAAUAAACAGGACAUUCUCCUUUGGUGGGAUGAUUAUAAAUUACGCUCAGGGCCUAUUAACGAUUUCCAGGAUAAGCACUUAGCUAGUGUCAACGUUUAUUAUAGUCCAAAGUUUGAGGAGCCUUUGUUGGUAGGAUUCGAAAAGAAGAAUGGAAAUAUAUCAUGGGAGUACUACUUUCAUGAAAGAGUUAGUGGAUUGCAUUGGCAAGUUGUGGACCAUGGCGCUUCUGUUAGAUUGUUAAAUCUUCGGUUCGAUAAGAGAGAUGUACACAACAAAUUUGCAGCAAAUAAUAACCAACGUCUGAUUCAGUCUUUGAAGAAGAUUGAAUACUUAAUACUUAAAGCAAUUUCGCUAUUCAUAGACAGAACUGCCGAUUAUAAUAAAUCUGCUGCGUUGAAUUGGCUUUUACAUACUUCUCCUCAAGUUCUUCACUAUCCUCAGAAUAUUUCCUCGCAGCCCGAAAAUAUAACAGUCACUGAGCCUGAUUGGAAGCCACUAAAAGACCUCGGCUACAAAGUGUUUGAGCAUCGUAUCAACACCAAUCGUCUGGGACACAGAACUGAUGACAAGGUAGAGUUAAGGGUUUUAUUACCAUGUCCUACCACUGGCGGUAAACACACCGAGGUGAUGCUGCGCAAGCCUGAGGCCGAGAUUACUGAAGAAGCCCUUACUUUAGACCUGAGUCGACAGAAUGUAAAUGCUGCCUAUAGAGGUGGCAAAUAUAGUGUGAGGCCAUCUAAAAACACAUUUAGCAAUAACUCGAACUUUGUGAGCUUUACACACCAGGGUUCCAGUAACGAAAAAAUGUUUGAGGGAGAUUUCACUUUAAAAUUCAAGGAUAUGGGCGCUAAAUUCACUGGGGAUCUCGGAGAUAAAUCUGAGAAUAAGCGAAUUGAUGUGUACUUUCACUCUCUCAAGAUGGAUAAGUUUGUUAUCGCAGCAUUCCCUCUUGUGGGUGACAAAAAGGCCAAGUAUUUCACAUACAACCAGUUCGUCAGCCAUUAUUUAAGUGGAACUGCCAUCUCUCUUUCUUCGCUUUCUGAAGUGGAUGUCGACUUAGGUUCGUCAGCUGCUCAAUUACCAGAGUCGUUGGCAGCACUUUUGGAACAGGAGCGCAACAAGGUUGAUGAGGUUUAUUUUCCCGACCUGGAUGUUAUAAUCUACAAGCCUGGGCAUAAUAACUUCUAUACCUACUACUACGGCGAUGACCAGCGUCCUCUGCUUAUAUGCUACAAUGGCACCGCGUAUAGACCUAGGAAAUUGGGCGAUCCUGACCCUAAUAAUCAAGCUAAGGUAGACUAUACUAAAUGGUAUAGGGUUAGUAGUGUCACAAACUGCGUUUGCGACGGAACCUUUUCCAAUGAACCGCUGAUAAGGGCCCUUUCUGACGUGGUUGGCUACCUUAACCCUGUGCAGCUUAACCCUAAGUACAUAUCGUUCCUGGUCAAUUUUAUAAAUGGUACGAAGAUAAAGUUGGAGAACGACGCUUAUUACGAUUUACAAGCUUUCAUCCCCAGCGUCGUUUUCAAGAUUUUUAUAACCAGCCUCAAUUUAACAUGCUUCAGAAAAUAUCGAUACGUCCACAACGGCAAAGGUGGACAAAACCAAGGUAGAGAUGGCUCUGGGUUCAGACUUGGGGACAUUGUCUAUGACGAGGCUUCCAAACAGCAUUUGGUUUUAACCUACGACAAAUCAAAGCCUCUAUCGGUCGUCUCCGUCUACUAUCAUUUGUAUGACGGUAAUCACAGCCAUCCUUUGCUUGUCGUUCUCGAAUUCAAGGGGCAGGAAGGUGGUGAGUACUACAAACUUAAGAGCGACACCGUAACUUCCAAGUACACUUGGGAGAGGCUCCUCGAAGAUGGCGACGGAGCCCAACUUCUGGCUAAGCUGAAGGUCGAUACCAGUUUGGAGUCCGGCCUGUCCGAUAUCGUUAAGGAGCUCAAUUUAACUCUUACAAGAAAUAGUGUAAACAUUGAAGAUUCCUUGAACAAGUGUGGAAACUUGCCCAGUUAA